AUGUGCAUGCUUUUUCGGUGUCAACCAAAGACUUGGGGAGGCCUAAGUCCUGAUUCUGAAGACUGCCGCACUUCCAUAAAAGAAGGCUUCUUCUACCACGAGAAAGUUCCAAAUGGCCGCUUCGACAAGCUCACGAGGACGUUUCUCAAGACAGAGGUGGAGCGAUUGCUCGUGCUGCGAAUGUCGGAUGGACACGAGGUGGCCAACCGUUCUGAAUCAGUCCCGAUCCUGGAAAUUUACGAGAGCGACGCGCGCUGGCAAAACGAGCGCAUCCGAGUGCAGCAAGCAAAGGGCCAGCCCUGGUGUAAAGAUCGUUUUCUGAUAGAGGACAUCUACUACAUCUACAAAUACGACGUCGACAGACUCAACGAGCGCAAGUCCAACUCUCUCUACUUCCAGCUCAUCAUCUUCCUCAAAGGCGAAACCCUCAAAAAUAAAAGCGACAACCACACGGGCGUCCGGAAGAUCGAGCUCUGGUUCAAGAACGACGACGCGGCGAAACGAGACGACUGGAUCCACGAAAUCUACAAAAUCCGGACGCAGAUUCAAGAAGACGCCAAAACCAAAGACAUUCUCGACAACAAUAUCCCGACAACAUUCUUCAACUUUUCGGAUCCGUCAGACCCGCUCGCCGCCAAGAAGAAGACGGACUCGAGCCAGUUGUAUCCAGAAGUGCAAUAUUCGUACUUGGAAGUGAACUUCGGCAACUUGCCGAAACUCAAAGAAUCCACCAUCCGGGACAUGAAACGCGUCGCCGAAGCUCAAAUGAAGAAAAAUAUUAAACUAAUCGCCGGCGAACAUUAUCACCUCAAAUACAAAGUUUCCACCGGAAAGCACGAAAAAUUCUCAGAUCUGCGCGAAACGGCGACGAAAUACUCGAUCGAGUUCGUCAACCCGAAGGAUUCUCAAAUCAUCUACGCAAUUGGCAACAACGAUUUGUCGAAAAUCGGAAAGUUUCCUUGCAACCCCAAAGAUCCAGAAAGCCGAGUCGUGGCGAUCGAGAUUCUGGCGAAGCCGACGAGCCAGAUGGAAGCAAAACUCAAGAAGAUUCCUGGCUACCUCACAUACCUCAAGACUAAUCCUCGAUGCACUCACUUUACCUCGCAGAUCAUCUUGCGCUUCACCCGCGAAAUCGACAAGAAAGGCUUCUUCGACAAGUAUCUCACCUUGAAGGACCAGAACACAAACGCUAGUCAAAACAUGGUCAGAACAAGCCAUCGCAGGUGGACAGGUCCGCCCAAGCCCAACAAAAUCGCGCAAAAGGAAUUGCUGGAAAAGGAAGACUCCGGCGGUGCUCGAAAACGUACAGAAUCGGCAGGCCCCGAGAAAGUGCGUCCGGAAGGGAGUGAAAUCGAAUUGAAUGACAUUCCAGCACAGCGCUCUGAUCCCUCUUCUCUUCCUAUUUCCGUCGACAUUCACGGGCAGCCGAGCACUAGCUCGAACUACAGCAACAUCCACCUGCAGCGUCAGGCUCAACUUGCUCAAGCAGAAGCCGACGAAAACGAGGAGGAGCGCCCGCUUGCUCUGAUCGGCUCCCCUCUCGCUUUGCGCAACAAAUCUUCCAAACACUCAAAUAAGCAGCGCUCCGAAGAGCUCCUCCCGAUGGAGACGACCACAACAGUCGAAUACAUCGCCGAAACGGCCUUCAACUCGUCCCCGAUCGCGGAGCAAGCUGUGCGCCAAUCCAAGGUCGCUCGAACAAGCUCAUCCAGCGCCAUUCCAAUCCCCUUUUCUGGCUCCAUCGUUCAAGGGACGGUUGAAACCGACUCGAUUCGUAAAGACGUAUCUGUGCCUAAAGUGGACUCUCAGGCUCCCUCCAGCUCUAGCUUUAUUCGAAACGGCUAA